AUGCGAGUCACGGCUCAGCAAGUGUUGGACGGGUCAGUCUUUCAUUUUCCAAAAGUGCUGGACUCUUUCUUCAGUUACUUGAAUGCUUUCCGUCCAAAGGAUCUUACGACAUCACAGUCUUUAGAGGGCUUUGAGCAGUCACAUUUGACUUUUCAACUUGAACCAGACGACGUCAUAGCUAAACUUAAACGUGACGAAAGGUCUUUCUGGGAGCGGCUGACCGAUUCUGAAGAAAAUCGUCCCUACGCUAUACUCUUUAUAUCACUUAUCACGGCCAAUAUUCGUGUACUUCGAAGUGUACCUGCAAAAAUCGAUGCUAUGAAUUUGCUCGUCAAACUAGCUUCACUUUGUAGUCCAGUCGUGGCAACCGAACGCGUGCUCCCGUAUUUGGUUUCUUGUUUAUCCGAGUUUGAUGCACAAGUCCGUGCAGCUGCAGUUCAUUCAAUCACCGAAGUUGUUCUGCCGAUUGAACCCACAACCUUCGAAGAUUCUCUUGUAUUUAUCGACUAUCUGCUACCGGAAUUAGUAAGUAUACUUGUUUUUAGACUUGCUUAUAAUAUCUAGAU